CUACCGAAGGCGAAUCAUCGCGCCUGGCAACGCUUCCACGGUGACAACCAACGUCAUGAAUACGUCACAUCAAACAACUUGUCAUAACAACAAACCCUAUACUCAACGUGGUUGUGAAUUUUGAAGGUUUUAAGAUAUCCAAAUCAAUUUCGUUACGAAAAGGUAUUAUUUAAAAGGCAAGCUUAUGAUAAACUUGUUGCUAAAAGUAUCUUUAAAUCUACCAGCCCUCCGUGAAUUUGUGAACUCAGGUUUAAGCUACGGGAAUUUCUCGCUACAGUACACUGUGUGUUUGUUACCCAAGGAAUAGUUCUCGAAAGAGCCAGAACAGACUUUUAGAAUCAAGGGAACACUAUUUUGUAAGUCGUAUGAAUAAUUUACUAUCGUGUAGCGCAUGACUGACUGUUAUUAUAAUUGCAGCUUGAAGCCCCUUGAAUAAAAUUGCUAUCGAGAAAGUGUUUGCCUGUGUAGUUCUACGAGAACAAACUUCAAGAAAAUAUGUCCAAACAAACAACUGAAACUGGCAAUACCCACGAUCCAAACGACCACCUCUUCAGCUGCGUCGCGUGCGAUAGGCCCGAUAGUGCCGAUAAUUUUGUGGCUUGUGACAAUUGUGGCGGCUGGUGGCACUUUUGCUGCGCGGGAGUUUCAGACUCCAUUGUGGACAAGAAUUGGACUUGUCCUAAAUGCCUCCCCCUGCCCGCAUGUCAAGGGUCAACUUCAUCGAAACUUAGCUCAGCUAGCAGAAGAGCGCGUCUUCAGCUGGAGCUCAAGCACUUAGCGGAAAAACGUGAGUUCGAAAGAAAACAAAUGAAUUUGGAAGUAGAAAAAUGAUUUUUGGAGAAAAAAGUGCCAGUUGCUCGAAGCAACUUUAGAAGAAGUGGACGAUGAAGUCGAUCGUCGAAGCGUGAGAAGUCGAGUAGAGGAGAUAGAGUCUCGAGAGAAAGCCAAGUCAGUUGUGCAAUGGGUUGAAAUCCACUCUUCCGUUGGUUCACGUUCUCCAGCCCGUGGAAGCAGCAAUGAAGCAGGUGCGAUAGGAGGAAACGGAACGUCAAAGGAGAUUUCUAACGAAAAUUCAACCACAGCGCAAAAGCUAGGGAUCGAUAGGACAGAUCUACAACUGAUGAAGCAACAAUUGGAUGAAUGCAUGUUAACGGAAAAGCCGACCCCGCAGCAACUUCAAGAAUUACAACAUCUAAUUCAACGAUGUCGAAUAAAGGUUUCGGAAUCAGACGUAGCUCUUGAACCGCCAUCCCUAUCGAAGAUAAACGCCGACAACUCUGCAAGUCGACCGACAGGUGCAAUACGUAAGAAUGUCAGAGACGACGUAAGAAGAAAUGCAUCAGAAAAGUUGUCAUUGGAGCUGCCCGAUACAAUGGACAGGGCAUCAAUGUCCCAACCACCACCGGUGGUGCUAACUACUAAAACAGUUUCGUUGCCGCCUUCGACAAAUCAACAAGUAGAAAAGUCUACCGCGUGGAACUUUGUUCCAGCCACGACGUUUUCCGAAAAAACACCGAUAGCCAAAACGGAUUUCAUGGCUAACUUGGGUCUGUCAAUGGCGGAUUCCGUAUCAAUAGCUCAACAGAAUACUGAGUCUUAUGGUAACCGUCCCCCUUUGCACUGUGAAACAGCUGUAGGUGGGACAUCACAUCAAUUUCGGAACGAUGUUCCGCAACUGUUCGCUCAGGGGCAAAAUCCAGCACCUUUGUUGCAGCGAGCGUCUCAUGAACAGCUUAUAGCUCGGCAAGUCAUGCCGCGAGACUUGCCUGAGUUUUCGGGCGACCCCGAAGAUUGGCCUAUAUUCCUAAGCAGUUUCAACCAUUCGACACUAGCCUGUGGAUAUAGCCAUAUUGAAAACUUGAGUCGACUUCAAAGGAGCUUGAAAGGCAACGCACUGAAAGCAGUCCGCUUUUACCUGUUAUCUCCGGAAUCAGUGCCUGAUGUUAUUAAGACGCUACAAACGCUGUACGGACAUCCCGAGGUUAUCAUUAACAAAUUGAUACGGAAUGUGCGAGAGUGUCCAACCCCAAAAGCAGAAAAAUUAGAAACCCUACUGGAGUUCGGAAUCACAGUGCGGAAUCUUACUCAACAUCUACUAGCGACUCAGCAUCAUGCACACCUGAUGAAUCCAAUCCUGCUGCAGGAGGUCGUCGAGAAACUGCCAGCCAGCGUGAAGCUUCAGUGGGCCCAGUACAUCCAAAUCAUUCCUGCUGUUUCUUUGAGCACGUUCAGCGACUUCAUGACGUCCGUUAUGGAAUCCAUUAGUAAAGUUUGCUCAUACGUAGGAAGCCAGCCUAAGCCCAAAGAAAAAAGUAAUGUAUUUUCUCAUGUCGAGGUUAGUCAGGACAAUCAUGUAGGGAGAGAACCAGUAGAAUCCAAGCCAGGAAAAAAAUGUUCACUAUGUGCAGAAGACAGACAUCGCCUCAAAGAUUGUAAAUCGUUCAAAGAUAGUACUGUUGAAAACCGUUGGAAAAUUGUUCAUAAUUUUAAGCUAUGUCGUACCUGUCUAAACUUCCACGGUCGUCGUCCAUGUAGAAGUUCUGCUCGCUGUGGAAUUGGGGAGUGUCUUUUCCGCCACCAUCCAUUGUUACACACUGAAGCUAAAAGUUCACCAGAGCAAGUAAAUAACGUCAAUCUAUCGUAUCAUCAUUGUGGUCAAUCAGUGCUGUUUCGAAUAAUCCCCAUCACGAUUCACGGCUCAACCAAAUCGGUCAACACCUUCGCUCUUCUGGACGAAGGCUCGUCUACUACUCUCAUCGAAAGUGAACUCGCCGCACUACUCGAGGUGGAAGGACCGAUCAUGCCACUUUGCCUGAAGUGGACUGCGAAUAUGGCUCGCUCGGAAGAUGAAUCUCAAAUAAUUUCUAUAGAAGUGUCCGAACGUGGUAAACGGAUACGUUAUCGACUGGAAAACGCUCGUACAGUACGCAGUUUGAAUUUCUCACCACAAACCUUGCGAUUUGGCGAACUGGAAGAAAAAUUUCGGCACUUAGUUGGCCUUCCCGUACAAAGCUAUGAAGCUGCUGUCCCAAGAUUAAUGAUCGGUUUACGUAACUUGUCAUUAGCUGUACCGCAGAAAGUGAGAGAAGGCGAAAACGGGCCGAUAGCAGUAAAAACUCGCUUAGGUUGGUGCGUUUACGGAUGCUUCGCUCCGAAACAAACUUCGGAACAGAUAAACUACCACCUUUGUGACUGCAAUGUUGAAGUAAAACUUGAUAACUUGCUCAAGGACUACUUCUGCAUGGAGGAUAUCGGAGGAGUCAGCAAAGUAUUAGAAUCAAAAGAGGAGACUAGAGCCAAGGACAUCUUGAAACGUACUACGCAAAAAAUUGGUGAUCGAUAUCAAACAGGGCUCCUUUGGCGAUACGAUUGUAUUGAAUUGCCAGACAAUUAUCCCAUGGCUCUUCGAAGGUUGGAGUGCUUAGAAAGAAGAAUGAAUCGCGAUGAGAAGCUCAAAGCGACCGUUCAUCGACAAAUAAAGGAGUACCAAGACAAAGGGUAUGCCCAUCCUGCCACAGAAGACGAACUGACCAGUGCCGAUCCGAAACGCAUCUGGUACUUGCCACUAGGAGUCGUUACAAAUCCAAAAAAACCGGAGAAAGUGCGACUAGUUUGGGAUGCGGCAGCUGUAACAAAUGGAAUUUCGCUCAACUCGGUACUUAUUGCAGGGCCCGACCUUUUGACUCCUUUGCCUUUCGUCUUAUUCCGUUUUCGUCUUAUGCCGUUUGCAGUAACUAGCGAUAUUACGGAAAUGUUCCAUCAGAUUGAAAUAAUCCCGAACGAUCGAAAUUCUCAACGUUUCCUGUUUCGAAAUCAACCCACUGAAGCUCCUACCAUAUUCCUUAUGGAUGUCGCUACCUUUGGGGCGACUUGUUCGCCCACGAUUGCUCAAUACAUUAAAAAUGAAAACGCCAAGAAGUACAAAACCCAUUAUCCGAGAGCGGUAGAAGGAAUCUUAAAAGGACAUUAUGUAGAUGACUAUUUAGAUAGUUUUGCCACCAUGGACGAGGCGAAAAAGGUAGCAUCCGAAGUACGAUAUGUACAUUCCAAGGCUGGAUUUGCUCUUCAUAACUGGUCGUCGAAUUCAAAAGACAUAUUAGAUCAUCUGAACGAGUCGCCGCAAUCAGUGGUGAAGGAUUUGACCUUGGCGAAAAGCGUCUACACUGAACGUGUGCUUGGUAUGCAGUGGUAUUCAGAAAUUGACGUACUAUCAUUUUCCUUGAUGUUCUCUACAGAAAUCGAAGCUAUAGUCGAGUCCAAUACUAGACCCACGAAAAGACAAAUGUUGAAAUGCAUGAUGUCUAUCUUUGACCCCUUAGGUCUCUUGGCUUCCUUUCUAAUCCAUGGCAAGGUACUAAUGCAGGAAGUUUGGCGAAGCGGAAUCAGUUGGGAUGAACCUGUUAGCGAGAAGAUUUUCGAGCAAUGGCAAAAGUGGAUUGCUAUGUUCGACCAACUGAAAAGAAUUCGAAUUCAACGAUGCUACUUUGAAGGAGCCAAUAUUGAAAUGUACCGGUUCCUGCAGGUACAUGUAUUUGUAGAUGCUAGCGAAACAGCCUAUGCCGCAGCUGUCUACUACAGGACGAUGAAACCAGAUGGAACUCCUCAGUGUACCUUAGUAACUGCAAAAGCUAAAGUGGCUCCACUGAAAUAUCAUUCAAUUCCUCGUCUCGAACUGAUGGCUGCAGUACUUGGGACACGUCUGCUAUCUUUGUUCUAG